UCCGCUCUUACCUCUCGAGCGUCUGUCUGGGCCCUAGAGAGGGGAGGGAUGUGGCGUAGGGUCCCCAAGCCAAGUCCGGAUGCCACUGUAACUAUGGCGGCCCGGGCGGAUUGGGGCGGCCUCAACCUAACUGGGGCGUGGCUUGGGGGCGUGGCCUCGGCGGGGCGGCCGCCUUGGAGCCGCUAAGUUUGGCUGUGGCGGCAAAUGGGUUUGGGCGGCUCCUCGGCGGGUGGCGGUGGUGGCCUUAGCGGUUCCUCCUGGCCCUGUUAAUGUCAGGGCCAAGCCCGGGGAGGAUGGCCCCCUAGAGCCUGGCCUUGGCUGGGGUAGGGGCGGGAGGGGGUCGGGGCGGGGACCGGCCAUGUCGGAGGUGACCCGGAGUCUGCUGCAGCGCUGGGGCGCCAGUCUUAGGAGAGGCGCCGACUUCGACUCUUGGGGCCAGCUGGUGGAGGCGAUAGACGAGUAUCAGAUAUUAGCAAGACACUUACAGAAGGAGGCCCAAGCUCAACACAAUAAUUCCGAGUUCACAGAAGAGCAAAAGAAAACCAUAGGCAAAAUUGCAGCAUGUUUAGAAUUGCGAAGCGCAGCACUACAGUCCACACAGUCUCAAGAAGAAUUUAAACUGGAGGACCUGAAGAAGCUGGAGCCAAUUCUGAAGAAUAUUCUUACGUAUAAUAAAGAAUUCCCAUUUGAUGUUCAGCCUGUCCCAUUAAGACGAAUUUUAGCACCUGGUGAAGAAGAGAAUUUGGAAUUUGAAGAAGAUGAAGAAGGUGGCGCUGGGGCAGGAGCUCCUGAUUCUUUUUCCGCUAGAGUUCCUGGUACUUUAUUGCCACGGUUGCCAUCAGAACCAGGGAUGACGUUACUCACUAUCAGGAUUGAGAAGAUUGGUCUGAAGGAUGCCGGGCAGUGCAUCGAUCCCUACAUCACAGUCAGCGUGAAGGAUUUGAAUGGCAUAGAUUUAACUCCUGUACAAGAUACUCCUGUGGCUUCAAGAAAAGAAGAUACAUAUGUUCACUUUAAUGUGGAUAUUGAGCUCCAGAAACAUGUUGAAAAGUUAACCAAAGGUGCGGCCAUCUUCUUUGAAUUCAAACAUUACAAACCUAAAAAGAGGUUUACCAGCACCAAGUGUUUUGCCUUCAUGGAGAUGGAUGAAAUUAAACCUGGGCCAAUCGUCAUAGAACUAUACAAGAAACCCACUGACUUUAAAAGAAAGAAAUUGCAAUUAUUGACCAAGAAACCACUUUAUCUUCAUCUACAUCAAACUUUGCACAAGGAAUGAUACUGAUACAAAUAACCUGGAGU